CGUCCAGAGGCGAAGCCGGAAGCGGCCGCGGCGCGGGAGACGCACGUGGGAUGGAGGCGCCCGAGGGGCCUCGGCGCUUCAAGCCCCCCCCGGAUUUGGCGGCCGCUCCUUUCUGCCCGGGGCCGCCCUUCGUCGAGGAGACGCUGCGGGGCCCUUCCAAGCAGCUGUGGCUCAUCCGAGCGCCCGCCGCCUUCGGCCCGGAGAGCCUCGAUGGCCACAUCGUGCCCCUGCGGGGCCUCCAGACCCUGAAGGCGGUUCAGCUGGACGGGACACAGAAGGUCUUCAGCAUUCAGAGGACCUUGGAAAAUUUGAACUGUGCUCACCUGCUGGCCCCUUCAGGACGGGUGGACCAGCUCACCUGCUGUCCCCCUUUCAGCGGCUCUCUGAGUAUCUGUGAAAGAUACGGGGACCCCGGUGGCCACCAGCCCCUUUUCCCCGUGGCAGCCAGACCCACUCCGCAGAUCCCAGCAGGCCUCAAGCAACGCUUCCUGCCCUUUGGAAGCCACCCCAGGAGAGCCCCGCUGCCCGAAGCCACAGAGGAGCCUCCCAGGAAGAAGAAGAAGAAGAAAAAGAAGGGCUCUGAAGAGCUGCCGCCGCCUCUCUUUGGGACGCCUUUGGGGGAAGCCACGGGGGCCGGUGAGGCAGAAUGCCAGCACGCGGAAGAGGGGGCAGCUUGGUGGGCCAUCAGCCACCCUGCAGAGGCCCAGCCAUGCCCCACAGCCUUUGCCAAGGGGAGUCUCCUCGCUGGCAAAGUGGAGGAACCAAGUCCCAGAAGCAAGAAGAAGAAGAAAAGGAAGGAGGAUGGAGAAGUGCCGCAGGAGGCGGGGGGAGAGGCAGAGGGGCUGCAGGAGCCAGGCUCCUCCAAUCACCAGCCCUGGCUGGAAGGGAACUCUGAUCCCGGUGUAGGAGAGCGCAGCCUCCCGGGGACGGAGGAAGCGGCCCAGGACACACGCAAGGGAAAAAAGAAAGGGAAGGAUGUGACCAGCAAUCUUGUCAUCAAGGAAGAAGUGGCUGAGGUGUUGUGGGACUUCAGUGGCCUAGUGGCCACCCCAGAGAGUGAGCUGGUCUUGGCAAUGGAGGGACCUGGGGUGGGUAGCUCUGCUUACAAGGCCAAGAAGAAGAAGGAGAAGAAGAAGGAGAAGCCAGAGGAGACAGCCCAGGAGCUGGAAGGGUGGCCUGCCCAGCAGGAGCCUGGCGUCAUAAAGCAGGAGCUGGGGGGCUGGGCUCAGCUCUGCACCCCUCCAGAGGCGGGAGGAGGGCAAGAGGCAGAGCCUGGCCUGGAGGGACUGAGCCGAAGGCACAAGAAAAAGAAGCAUCAUCAUAGGCGGGAGGCUGCCGAGGAGGGGCUGGCCUGGCCAAAGCAGGAGCAGGGGAACUCCUAGGUGCAGGAGCAUCGCAGCCCAGACCACGCAGGGAAGGAGGGCCCAAGACUUCACCUUUGCUUGGGUCCCACCUGUUCAUGGAGCUGAGCAUGGGGCAUGGAACAUUCUGCUAAUGCAAGAGACUGCACAUUGGUGGCAGGCUCUUUGCGCCAGAGGAGCGCAUUGCUGUGAACAGAAUGGGAUCCAGUCCCUUGUAUUUUUUUUUUAAAAGAACCCCUUCCCCGUGAGGACCGUUUUGCCAGCUUGCCUGGUUUGGGGGGUUUGUCCUAAGCUUUUAAGGCCUGAAUAGUACUUGUUGAGAGGGUGUGAUCCUCUCCUCUCUUCGUGCCUUCAAGCAGGUUACACUGGUCUUGGGCAGAGCUGGCCCAUGUUGUACCCUCUUGUCUUUUUAUAAAAUGCCAGUU